UUGACUCUCAAGUGCCAGUAGCUGCUGACCUGCCUUUCAUGAAUCACCAAGAACCACGGCUUCAGCUAAAAAUCUUCUCAACUGUUCAACUGAAGAAAAAAAGUCACCUACAUCUUGUAUGGCCUGUGUAGGUCAACAUGACAGUUCCCAGCUGACACAUGCUCAGCAGAGCGACCAAAGGCCAUUUCAUACCUCAUGGAGAGUAGAGUACCGAAACAACAAAACUAGCAAAAAUACACGACAUGAAAGUUUUACAUUUGGUCGCUGCAAAGAGUGGCCAAAGAUGAACGAAGGCAAUAACUGCAGUACAAAAACGACUGUUGUGCAGAGAUAUUUUUAUGUAAUCAACUCUUUAUACUGAGAAGAAAUGGCAGAUUUUCCUGGGAAGGUCAGCACUCAGACCAGCUCCAAUGAACCUCAGAGAACUUAUGGAGUCCCAGCAAUGGUAGACAUGGACUUCAUCAAGAGCGUUCCUGGUAUCCUACUUUUGACUGAGAUUAUUGUUGGAUUACUGGUGUGGGCGCUGAUCGCCGCUACCAGCUACACCUCGGAUCCUGCUUAUGGUUGGGUAAUGUUUGUCAGCGUGACGCUGUGGCUUCUGAGCAUUGCCCUGUUUGUUGUGCUGCUGCUGAGGUUUUAUCAGAGUUUACCCUCAGUGCCCUGGCCUUUGGUGCUCAUGGUGUUCUAUGUAGUUGCAGCUGUUCUAUACAUAACUGCCUUUUUGGCUGAUGCAGUUUCCGUUCCACCACACUGGUAUUUGUGGCAUGGUCAUCUGGGAGCUUCUGCAUUCUUUGCCAUAGUGGUGACUCUGUUAUAUGGAGCUAGCAGCUACUUUGCCUAUUUGGACUGGAGGGGUGAAGGGCAAAACGCAGCGGGGAGUACAGUGCCUGUGUAGACCAUCCUCGGAUUAACCCUCUCAUUCACUAUGUGAGGACACUUCGAAGGGGAUACUGCUCAGAUUAUUUGGCAUUGCUGAAAAUCCUCUUCAGGAACGUCCGAAAACCCUUCUGUAUAACUGUGCCCAGCAUGAUUGCUUGAUGGUUUAAAACAUGGACAUUGUGUGUAUGCUUAUGUGCAUUAGGCGUGGGGGCAGUAAGAUUUUUUAAAAAUAAAUAAUUAAUACUUUUACUCCGCAAGGAUGCACUGAAUUG